CCGAGCAGCGGCCGUGACGUCACGCGAGGCAGCGCGUGUUUGACCCGCAGCUGAUUUCCCUCGGAACCGGUCAGAACCGGGUCAGAUCCUGGUCCAGAGCCGGGUCCAGAUCCUGGUCCAGAUCCUGGUCUAGAACCGGACCAGAACCGGACCGGGUUAGCCUCCCGAAGCUAACGGUUACGGAGAUGGAGGAGUUUCUGCGCAGCUGCGGGCGGUCCGUGAAGGACCUGGACCUGGACCGGGCCGGUCCCCCCUACCACGUGGUUCUGGGUAACGAGGCCUGUGAUCUGGACUCCAUGGUGUCGGCGCUGGCCGUCGCCUACUUCCUGUCCAAGACGACCCACCAGAACCUCGCGGUCCUGCCGGUUCUGAACAUCCGGCACCAGGACCUGGUCCUCCGGUCCGACAACCUGCACCUGCUGGACCAGACGGGUCUGGACCAGAACCUGCUGCUGUUCCGGGACCAGCUGGACCUGCAGGACCUGCAGGACACGGGCCGGCUAACGCUAACGCUGGUGGACCACAACGUGCUGCCCAGGGCUGACUCCGGCCUGGAGGGGGCGGUAGUCGAGGUGAUCGACCACCACGUGCUGGAGAGAGAGCCGUCUCCUUCCUGCCCCGUUACCAUGGAGACGGUGGGAUCCUGCGCUACCUUGGUAACGGAGCGGAUCCUCCGGGAGGCCCCGGGGAUCCUGGACCAGCAGCUAGCGCACCUGCUGUACGCGGCGGUGGUGGUGGACUGCGUCAACAUGGCCCCCGCGGCGGGGAAGGUGACCCCCAAGGACAGCCAGGUGGCGGCGGCGCUGGAGACGCGGUUCCCCUCCCUGCCACCGAGGGGCGCUCUGUUCACCACGCUCAGCAACGCCAAGUUUGACGUCUCAGGCCUGAACGUGGAGCAGAUGCUACUAAAGGACAUGAAAGUCGUCACAGGAAGUUUGAACGUUGCAAUCAGUGUCCUGUACAUCACCCUGGAGGAGUUCCUGAAGGGGGCGGGGCUGGAGGCGGAGCUUUCCUCCUUCUGUCAGAGAUCAGGGUUCGACCUGCUGGUUCUGAUGACCAUCAGUUUCUCCGGGUCAGAACCGAACCGGGACCUGGGAGUGUUUAGUACCAGUACCAGCUACAGGGAGCAGGUGAGCCGGUACCUGGAACAGACCAGAAGCCCCGCCCUCGACCUCCGUCCAAUCAGCAGCCCCCACUCGCUCAUCACCGCCUUCCACCAAGGAAACGCUCUGGCAUCCAGGAAGAAGCUCCUCCCCCUGGUGAAAGACUUCCUGUCUGAGCGGGCGGGCGGGGCCUGUUGCCCCGGCGACGGGGAGGGGGAGGAGCCAGACGUCCCCCCCACCCCCAUGAACAGCCUGGUGGACGGAUGUCCCCUGGACGGGGGUCUGCCCCGGAUCAGCUCCCGGGACCUGCAGGACCUGCAGGACCGGUUUGGGCGGAUGGGGGACGCCUGAGGACCUGUCAAUCAUCCUGGUCGCCACGGCAACGGGCCGUCAAUCACCCCGGGGUCUCCGGUCGCCAUGGCAACAGGCUGUCAAUCACCCCUGCAUGGCAACGCCUGACCAAGGCAACGACGGACACUUGUAAACUUCACGGUUGGUUUGGGGUCCAGAUUGUGGUCCAGCAGGUCCAGCAGGUCCAGCUGGUCCACAAUCUGGACCUGCAGGUCCAGAUUGUGGACCAGCUCGUCCAGCAGGUCCAGCAGGUCCACAAUCUGGACCUGCAGGACCAGGUUCUGGUCCACCUGGUCCAAUCCGACCCUUUCCGACCACCACGUUUCUGUUUUUGUGAAUCUGAUGAAUAAAACAAAAGCUGAGGACAAUCUGGACUUUGAGACGCACCAAAGACGACCCGGGAGUCCUGAUGGUCCUGAACCCCCCCCUUAUUAUAAUCCUUCAAAAUAAAAGCUCCUGGAUGAAA